AUGACGCCUGUAUUCCUCGAGCGUGCACGACAAGCUCCCUUGGGUAUUGGUAUGGACUGGAGACACUACCGUUUUCGUCAUGAUAUCGACGACGCGGUUGCGCUUGCGCUUCAGCAUCUAUCCCACAGUUGGUCUGUUAGGAUUUUCAACCCACCGGCUGGCUUCAUAGAGCAAAUGAUAACCGUAUUUGGCCAGCAGGACGCCAGCAGUCUGGAGGAACUACACAUGCUCAAGCUCCCUGAUGAAGAAGUAUCCUCACCUGGUGGCCUUGUCUCUGCCAUUCAGCUCCCAGAUCAACCGUUUGCGAGUCUCACACCGCGACUACGUAUCCUGUCAUUACAAGGAUACAUCCGUUUCCACUGGUGCAACCAGCUUUUCACAUCCCCCCUGACACAUCUUCGCCUUCUCCUCCCCGGGAACACGUCCUUUCCCACUAUGGAUGAACUGCUCGGAAUCAUCCGCAGAUGUCCUCUGGAACAACUGGUUCUUGUUCAAUGCCUACCACAACGUCCCACGCAGAUAGGCCUGACAACUUUACCGGAUGAUUAUACGCUUGCGGAUGUUCCUACUCUUCGAUACAUCCUCCUCAGAGAUGCUGCUGCGGAUAUCGCCGACUUUCUCCGCCGCAUACGCAUUCCUGCUGAUUGUCACAUCGAAGUUGGGAAUGAACACGUUUGGCACGCAGUUAACGUUGCGGAUAUUGCCACAACGGUAGAGGCGGUGGCCAUCGAAGUUGGAUGUGUGAUGUCGACGCGCUCAAAUGAAUCCAAGGGCCACGCGUUGAUAAUCACGCAUACUCGGGACGACAUCUGUAGAUGGUUUAGAUCAAACCUUAGACCGUCAUCUGGGAUUGUUCACCAUUUUACCAUGGAACAUAUGGAACCUCGACCUUUCGUGAUGUCCUUGGCGCUUCGGCCACCAGGCACGAACCCCGAUGAACAACGCCGCGACGUCCUUGCGCUCGCUCGUGCAUUCGACCGCAUAACACCUCUGUACCACCUUGAAUCUAUCCAUGUCCUGGCGAUCAGUUCGGGAGGAGCUGAUCUAGUCUCGCUGGCUACAUGGCUGGAUCUAUUCGACGGAUUGCGUCGUGUGGAGAUAAUCAAGGCGCAUGGCAUCCCCUGUCAUACCUUUGGACUCGCUCUGGGGCGAUCCUUCCGGGAUCCCCUCGUCAUGCCGCACUUAUGGAAGCUAGAAGUCGGAUACAUUCAUCUCGGAUAUCCCAAGGGUCCAGGGCAGUUAAGUAAAGCCCUCGAGGAAGCUUUUCACUGGCGUAAUGAGGUCCAUGAUCUGAAGUUGAGCGUCGAGUUUGACAAUUGCCAUAUAUCCGCCGCACAACUUCGUCGGAUCCAGAAAGCCUCUGAUGAUCGAGUUAUUGUAUCCGGCAAUUCUCAGACGUGCAGUCAUUUGAGUGAUGAAGAGGACGAAGAGGAUGAAGAGGACGUGCAAGCGGAAGAUGGGAUCGGGGAAGAUAACCUUGUUCAAUCGAGUUAA